AUGAGCUGCGACGCGCCGAAUCGUAAACGACGCGAUAAGGAUUCCGAUCUCCCACGACGCUCGCAGAAUCCGCGGAAGAAAAACAAAGGAGCUCGGACUCAAUUUCAACAAGAAACGAGUGAAAACGAGGACGACGACGAGGAUGUUGACGAUGAUGGACCUUGCGUUGCUGGCCAAUGCAAGCGUCCAGACGGCAACAAAUUCGAGCGGGUCUAUUUCGAGCGCUGCGCAAAAUGGUACCACAUGUUCUGCCUCAACGUUAACCCGAAAGACGUCCGCGACGACCCGAAGUUCGUCUGCUCCGACUGCCAGAUCCUCGAAGCUGCAACAAGUUAA